AUGGUCUCGGCAAAUAUCACAGAGCUGUUGGCCACUUACAUCCAUGCCCUCCACAUUCUUCACCUUCACGGGGUGCUUGAUGGCUAUGGUCACCUCUCGGUGCGGAACCCCGACAACCCGCCAACCUUCUUCCUGAUGGGCAGACUCGCUCCCGCUCUGGUUUCUAGCCCCGACGACAUUGGCGAGUUCCGCGUCUCAGAUGCCGAGCCUGUUAGCCCUGGAAUGCCACAACCGCCCAUCGAACGCUACAUUCACAGCGAGGUUCUCAAGCGAUACCCAGACGUCAACGUGGUCUUGCACGGCCAUUCACCGGAGCUGUUCUUGUACAGCCUCACUGACGUCCCCUUGCGGCCCUGGAUCCUCGACACAGAGGUUCCCCUGUUUGACAUUUUCAACUAUCUCGGCCCCGACGACCCCCAAUCCAUUCUUGUGAACACUCCCCGUCUCGGUGCUGCGCUUGCAGCCGUUUUCGACUCGUGCCCUGUGCACUCCGACGGCAACGCUACUGCCACCGGCCAUUGCGAUGACCAGGACGUCGCGAACUCAGACAACGACAACAACCGCUUCCCAGCCCAUAAUCUUGUCCUCAUGCAAUCUCACGGCUUCACCGCCGUCGCCACUGAUAUCAAGACCAUGACCUUCCUCGGCGUCAAUGCAGUGGUCCAGGCCAGAAUCCAGUCCGAAGCCCUUCAGAUCCAGCACGCCUACACCGGCAAGGCCGCCAGAGGUCACAAUGGAAUCGAUUAUCUGACUCCCCAACAGGUCCGGGAUGGAUGGUCGGCUAUCAUUCCGACAGUCGAGAGGCCAUGGCAGUUGUGGGUGAGGGAAGUGCAGGUGAAUCCUUUGUAUGAGAAUGAGCUGGAUGCGGAUGACUAG